GGGGAGCGCCCCCUCCGCUUCCCUUGAAGUUUGUUCGUGGGAUAUGCAUGGCUCGGCUCCCGUUCGCCUCUUCCUUCUUCUUCUUCUUCCGGGAGCCUCUCUGUCUCUCCCCUUUCGUUCUUUUCUAUGGGCGCCUCUUGACAAACUCACAGAAUCCUUCCUCACAGAGUUGUCCUCAUAGGCUUUCAUGGCCGGAAUCACUGUGUUGCGCAUUCAUGCUAAACGAUGCUAGUGAAGAUGUAAAGGAGGAGACUACGCUGCUGUCACAGACAGCUGUAAAGAGUGGAAACCCAAGUCAAAUAAGCAAAGAACUAAAAGAAAUCGUAUUUGUCAUCCAAAGUCAAAGGAAUUCUUUUCAUUUGAAGAAAGCAGAGGAGCUAAAGCAAAAUAUUUUGAAUCAGGCUGCAGAUUUUGGAAAGGAGAUGCCCGCUAUUCUGCUUAUUCAUCAGAUGAACAAUGAGGGUGCAUGGACAAUUCUGCCUUUAAUGCAUGAGUUUUCUGUUACAUAUAGCAGAAACUCCUCAUGGAUUUUUUUCUGUGAAGAAGAUACAAGAAUACAUAUUAUAAAACUAUUGAAGACACUUGGAAGAUAUGACAAGUCUAAGGAAUUGUUUUUAGGUAAAGCACUACAUGAUGAUGAAUCUACAAUAAUUCACCACUAUGCCUUUGCAGAAAACCCUACUGUUUUUAAAUUUCCAGAUUUUGCUGCUGGUUGGGCAUUAAGUAUUCCACUUGUAAAAAAGCUUGCAAAGAGACUGAAAAAUGAGCCUUUAAAGUCAGAUUUCACAAUAGAUUUAAAGUAUGAGAUUGCACUUUAUAUUUGGGAAAAAGGGAAUGGGCCACAUCUCACUCCAGUCCCUGAAUUUUGCACAGAAGACUUGGACUCGCCUAAUGCAGCUCUCUGCGCCACUACAUUCCUUCAUUUACUUCCAUUUUGUGGAGAUCCUGUGAAGAAAAUGGAUAUCUUUGUUGCUGUAAAAACAUGCAAGAAGUUCCAUGGAGACAGAAUACCCAUUGUAAAACAGACCUGGGAAGGAGAAGCCACUCUUAUUGAAUAUUACAGUGAUUUUGCAGAGAGUUCAAUACCUACUGUUGAUUUAGGAGUGCCAAAUACGGAAAGAGGUCAUUGUGGGAAGACUUUUGCCAUUUUGGAAAGAUUUUUAAAUCGGCCUGCUGCAACACCUUGGUUAGUCGUUGUGGAUGAUGAUACAUUAAUAAGCAUAUCUAGGCUCCAGAAAUUACUCAGCUGCUAUGAACCAAGUGAGCCAGUGAUUCUUGGAGAACGUUAUGGCUAUGGCUUAGGAUCAGGAGGUUACAGUUACAUCACAGGUGGAGGAGGGAUGGUCUUCAGCAGAGAAGCAAUUCGGAGAUUAUUUGCUAGUAAAUGCCGAUGUUAUAGCAAUGAUGCCCCUGAUGAUAUGGUCAUUGGAAUGUGCUUCAGUGGUUUAGGAAUUCCUGUAACACACAGCCCUCUUUUCCAUCAGGCUCGGCCAAUGGAUUACUCGAAGGACUAUCUUUCCCAUCAAGUUCCAAUAUCAUUUCACAAACACUGGAAUGUUGAUCCAGUGAAAGUAUACUUCCAGUGGCUGUCCCCAAACGUGAGAGAAUUGCAAGAUGGUAACAGGCAUCUUAGGGAGGACUUGUAAUCUGUAAAUAUGUUAAUAUUUAAACAUUGUGUAGGCCUAACAUCCACUGAAUUGGUUGUUGUAUUUAUAAUGGUUUGCCACAGAUAUUGUACAGAAUUGUAAAGUCAUGCUGCAGUAUCAUUUUUGGCAUACUUUCUUUGAAACACCAGUUUCAUGUGUUACAUAAUGGGGAAGAGCAGAUACGUAAUGUGGGAAGUAUGCUUAGACCUUUUGUUCUUUGUAACACUCUUAUCAGUUUGCAUGCUGGGUUCAUGUACCAACUGGAGGGAGUGGGGCAAGAUCUGCUUUGAUCCCUAUGGGAAUCGACACCACCGACAUUGUGUCUACAGUGGUAUUGGCUCAUACCCUGAUUGUCCCCAUCCAGAAUACAUAUAUACAUGAUAGUAUAUAUGUUUAUUUAUUAGAUUUAGGGCUUGUAGAAUUUGGUUUUAGACUUUGGUAGCCAUCCAUCCAUCAUCCGUCAAAAACUAAAAUUUUAUUUUCAAAAAGUAGCAUCAACAACCUGUCUGUCUUUGUCAGCCUUACCCCCUCUCCUUUCCCUGAUUAUUUGUGGCAUAUUGGUGGGGGAGGUGUGCGUGCCUGAGAAUGAAGUAUGUCAAACUCCUUUAAGUUGUUAAGAAUGUUUUGGUUCUUCAUCUGUAGGUAUCUCUGAUCUGGAAGGAGAAGGGAGCUCACUAUUACUGUGUGUAGAUUAUUCUAGAGAAAGUGUUGGUUGUCAUUAUCUUCUCUCUUGUCGACUUACACUCUUGAACAAAUAUAAUUUAUAGGUAAUUUAAAAGUAUAUAUGGCCACCCGAUGUCACUGACUACUGAUACUCAGAAACCCUGAUUAAAAACAGAUCUUUUCAGAAAGGCUGGUUCUGUUAACAAUCCCUUAAUGUGUUGUCAAAGGCUUUCAUGGCCAGAAUCACUGGGUUGCUAUGAGUUAUUUGUGCUGUAUGGCCAUGUUCCAGAAAUGUCAGGAGAGAAUGCUUCUGGAACAUGGCUAUACACCCGGAAAACUCACAUCAACUCAAAUAUCCCUUAAAUUCUCUGAAAUUAACAUGUGUAGAAAUCUCUUUUAAUGUGCCUUUUGUGUGUGUACCUGGUAUAGUUGAGUAUAUCCAUAUAAUUGAAGGUCACUGGCUAUAUAUUUUUCACUUCAGUACUAUAUGUUUACAUUGUUGUGAGUUAGGCUAAGGCAGUAGGGGAGGGGGAUAUGUUUCACAAAUAAGAGGUUAUUCCCCACACAGAAACAAACACUGAUUUCAGUAAUGUUUUGAGGUAGGAACUGCAAAAUGAAGAGAAAAUGUUUGCCUGUUCAGAGCAGUAGUAGGGAACCUUCCUUCCCCCUGAUUUGGUGUGAUAAUGUACCUAAAUCUGGUCGCCUCUGGGAUAGUAAUACCAUAGCACCACAUUGCCAAUAAGAACAUUCAUGGAAUUAUUUCAGAAAUAAAUAAUCCCAUGGAUGCUGUUUGUUUAGUAAUAAGUUUUUUUAAAAAAGCAUUAAUAUUACAGGACAGGAUACUACUGUAGGUGCAUGCUGUAUAGUACAUAAAAGAUAAACUAAGCAUUCAAUUAAGCAUUCAUACCACCGCCAUCACUGCAAACUCUCCUUCCCCACAGGCCAUUUGGUGGGCAGAAAUUCAGUGCAGCUCUAAUAAUGAAUUUGACAUGACAUUUUGACUUUCAUGGCAACAUGUGUUGACUUGAAUGCAGAUUAGAAAACUUCAGUGUAAUGUUUCUUGCUAUACCAAAUAUGAGAUCUUAAAGCCAUAUUGCAUACUUGUUUUCAUACACGUUUAACAAUUAAUUUCUUUAGCACACCACUCCAUUAGUUUCCAGAGUAAUGUAGUUUUUACUAUUGGCCAAAAUGUGAAAGAAAUUGCUCUUUCAGGAAUUGUUAGAGCAGUAUGCACAUAUGUGAAUGUAACUUGUUUUUUGUAAGUGUAUAAUAGAUGAACGCAUUCAAAAUGGGCAAAUGUUUUGAGUUGAAAGAAACAGUUAUUUCCUUUUAUUCCUUCUCUCAGUGCCUUAUACUAUCGAUAUUUCUACUGGUAGCCAGUAUUCUAUGUGUUUUUGUACCAUAUGGAGUGUAUUGUUAUUUAUGUUCACUGCUUUAAAACCAUAUAAAUGGAAAGUAAAAUAAAAUUGAAUUGUUUAAAAUGCUAGAA